AUGUCGAACUUCUUAAAAAUGUUUCGCUUGAAGAAGACAACGGAGAAGGAUAACUUCAACACAGGAUACGAUGAGGAAAAGACAAAAUAUCGUAACAAAGAAAGUCACGGUAAUGGAUCAUCAAGACGUGAUAAGCGAAUUUCUCGAAUACGAAGUAUUGAUGAUUCAUUAUUGAAGCCCGCCGCUGCUUAUCAUACAGUUACCCAAUCGAGACAAAGCAAAACCUCACGAUCAUGUGUCGGUCGAGAUGAGUACGACAAGUACGAUAGAUUUCGUCAUUCAAUCGAUUUUCACAAUCGAGGUAGUGCAAGAUGUGCAAAACGCUCGCAUGCUGAAAAUGACCGACUCCAUGAUCGAGUUUCUAUGUUUACUAGGAACAAUUAUGAUUCGGAAAUUUUGGAUUCUGAUGAUUCAUACGACUCACAAAAUGGUAGUGGUACAAAUAAUGAUGAUACAGUUCAGGCCCUAGAGAUGAAAUUAGACGCUCUUCUUUAUCGCCUUCGUCGAGAGGAAGAGCGAAAAAAUUCAUAUAAACAAAAGUUGAUGUCCGAACGCAUAGUGCGACAGCAUGUUGAAAGCAAAUUCGUUGAAGAUAUCCAUCGAUUAACUCAGCUAGUAGAAAUGCUCAAGAAUGAGCAAAAAUCAUAUCGAAACAGAAUCAGUGCUUUAGAAAAACAACUAAAACAGCCUGGUCCAAAACUUAUGACUGACAGUUUUAAAAAGCUUUUUUGCUCACCACCAUCGACUUCAAAUGGCCAAUCAUCAGUACUUGCAAUGACCGAACUAGCUUGCUCUGCAACCUCCGGUUCUACUGUCCCACUGCCGUCUACAAUACACUGUAGCACUAUAAAUGAAGGAAGUGUUGACGAAGUGAGGAACUUUCGCAUUAAUGAGGUCACUUCGUCUGUGGAAGCUGAGCGAUACACAAUAUCCGGCAGUUCUUUCUCAACUCGUGAAAAUGAGGGGACAACUUUAGAAGAAACCUUGCGUGCAAUUGAUCGUGCAACUGCUGCUGAAACAACAGUAUCACAUGGAUUUGGCGAUAAAGUAAUAACAUCAGGGAUUCGACGAUCGAGCAGUGAUACGAAACUUGGACAGCGUGAUAUAUUGCUUAAAUCUACUAAUAUCUAA